AUGAGCUCGCCCAGCUAUGUGCCGUACACGCCAAAGCGGCACGCUACGAACAACUCGAUCACGUCCAUCCACCAGCUAGGCAGCUUGUCGACCCCUCCUCAUCACGGCCCCUCACCGCUCGGAGGACCUGCCUCGUCCUCACGCACUGCGAGCGGGCUUGUUCGACCUGCCGCAGCAAAUGCAGAGAGUUCGUCGUCACUGCUGAAGGCGCCGCAACCCUCGCGACCCGCUUUACCGGCCCAGUUCAGCGGGCUGUCGACGGUCAGCGUCGCAUCGAGCGGGACAGGCGAGGGCUCCGCGGGACCAUCUGGCGCGAGCAGAGGGCAAUCACAGGCGGGACGGCAGGCGUACGACGUGCGGCAGGCGAGGUCGCCGCCUCCAGCUCCCUCGAACCGCCCUACCCCACCUCCUUCGACCUUUCCCUUUGCCUCUGUCCCGCCAGGCCAAUCCCCUUUUCCUCCCGGCACGCCCGACCGCUCUUGGUCUCCUGAGAAAUCAUCCAGCAGUCCCGCACCUUACGCGAAUGGCACGAGACAGCCGCAGCGAGGCAAGAUGCCGUACCAGGCGGGUUUUCAGCCUCACGGUGUCCGGCGGGACAGGAGCGACGAGUUCUUUCAGCAGAGGAAGAGGUGUAGUGAGGCGAGGAAGCUGGACGAGGGCAGGCUCGAGCGGCGGCUGGAGAAGCUGGUCGCGUUACACUUUCCUUCGCCCGGUACCGAGAUCAAGGAGCCGACCCCGAAGGACUCGACGCUCACGACAAUCACCUCCCUGCGGGAUACUCUGCGGAAUCGAACGGCGAAAGAGCUUUGGCGGAGCGUCGCAGGCAAUGUCGACGUUGAUAUCGAGCGAGCGGAACAAGCGAUCGUGAAAUGGCAGGACGACAAGGACGCGGUCCGCUGCCCCAUCUGCACCGCUGCCUUCGGGGUUCGAACACGACGGCAUCACUGCCGACUCUGCGGCCGCGUCGUCUGCUUCCUCCCGCCGACUCCAAUCUCUCAAUUCCCCGAACCCGCCCUCCUCGAAACAACCGCCGACAGACCUCCCUCUCCUCCCAAACCAGUCCGACGCGAACGAUGCUCGACGUUCUUCACCUACGAAUACCAGCGACUCGGCGACGGUUCGAGCGGGGAGAAAAAGCCUUACGGAGUCGUGGUGGAGGUUCCGCCUGUCGAGCAGGACUUGUCGCUUGAUGCGGCGAUUGGAGUGGGUGCGACGCAGCAGAAGAAGGAGGAGGACAGGCGGAAGAAGGUCCGGGUGUGCAGGGAUUGCCUCAACACGGCUCUCCGUCUACAGAUGAAAGUCCUCCCCAUCCGCACCCCGACCUGGCUCAAACUCUACGAAGUCCUCGUCGAGCUCGAACACGAAAUCAACGCCACCCUCCCCUCCUUCCAAGAACUCGUCGUCCUCCUCUCCAACCCUUCCGCCGCAUCUCAGUCCGCCCACCCGCCUUCCGCAAACCAUGCCAAAACGCUUCGGAAACGGCUUUUGACGGAUUUGGCGAGCUACGAUACCGUCUCCAAGCGGAUUAGGGAUUUGCCGCUCCCGCCGGAUGCGGUGCCAGGUGGGUCGCAGGACCGCCUACAACGGGCAUUGGCGAAUCGAGGUGCGGCGUUCCUGUCGGAGAAACUUGGGCUGUUGAGGAGUUUGGGCAACGUCGAGGAGUUAGGCGGCGGCGGUGGGGGAAAGGGCAAGGGGAAGAAGAAGGACGGGAAGGGAGAGGGAGAGUAUACGGUGAAGAGCUUGGCGAGCUUGUUGGAGAAGGAGGGGGUGGAGAAGGUGAAUGAGAAGGUUGGGCCGGAGUUGGAGGCGAUGGCGAAACUCAACGUCUUGCGCGAACAAGAAGCGCUCGUCAAGUCGUAUGUCGACGACGCCAACGCCCGCCGACAGUUCGAAGACGCCGCGGCUCUCCAAGCGAGUCUCGAGGAGUUGCGCGCCGAGAUCGCGGCUGUUAGCGCGACGUUGCCGUAG